GAUGAAGCGAGGGACAGAAGCUCCACUCUUCACUUCUCUUCUCCCUCUCCACCUGGAUCUGCGCGUCUGACCGCAGGCCGCCUCCAUCAUCAGCUGACAACCCGCGUGUAUUUAUUUGCUUAUAAACCUGUUACAAUAAAUGAUCAUUCCAAGGGUUGCACGCGCACCUUCUCCACGAGCCUGCAAACCUCUUUUUUGAUGAAUGACAUUUUGGACUGGAUAGAGGAUGCACGGGUCAUUUUGAGCAGUCAUUCGUUGCACGCUUUGCCAUUCUGUACUCCUUUUUUUUCGCCUCGCUCAUAAAAAGGUGUUAUAUUAUUUAGAGACAGUUGCAGAGCUGAAUGCGGAUCAGCCCCGCCACAACUCAACGGAGCACUCGACUUGGAACUUUUGCUUUUUUCUACGAAUCUUCAUGAUGGAGAGGAUAAGAAAAGAGAUGAUUCUGAUGGAACGAGGGCUACACAGUCCUGUUGCCGGGAAGAGGCUCUCAAAUCUGUCGGAGUCGGCUGGAAACACGGUACUAGAGGCCCUGGAAAAUUCCCAGCACAGUGGUCGCCUGAGCCCGAGACUAACCUCCGCCUCACUGCACGGGAGUCUCGGGGAUAUCCCUACCAAAGGAAAAUUUGAAAUCGACAGUUUGUUCGCUCCACACCACAACGACAACACCUCAUCAGCGGAGAUCUCUUCCUCAGAAAACAGGAAGAAAAUGAGCCUAUAUCCAGAAGUUUCUCCAGACUCCGAUAUUAACAGUGAUGUUGAAGUAGGAUGUCCAUCGCAUCGCUCCCCGAGCAGCCAACACAAGGAAAACAAUAAAGGGUUUUCAGACAGUAAUUCUGGGACCUCCAACACAAGUUCCUCCUCUAUGUCCAAUAUGAACGGUAAUUCAAUGGGAAGCUCCAACAGUUCCAACUCGGACCAAGUGAGAAGGUACCGCACAGCAUUUACAAGGGAACAGAUCGGCAGACUGGAGAAGGAGUUUUACAGAGAAAAUUAUGUCUCAAGACCCAGAAGAUGUGAAUUGGCUGCAGCUUUGAAUUUACCCGAAACUACAAUUAAGGUAUGGUUCCAGAACAGGCGGAUGAAAGAUAAAAGGCAGCGUCUGGCAAUGUCGUGGCCACAUCCAGCAGAUCCCAGUUUCUACACCUAUAUGAUGACGCACGCGGCAGCCACCGGAAGUUUGCCAUACCCUUUCCAUUCCCACAUGCCUCUACACUACUAUCCGCAUGUUGGCGUCACAGCAGCAGCCGCGGCUGCCGCUGCCAGUGGGGCCGCCUCGUCACCUUUUGCUACCUCCAUCCGCCCUCUAGAUACUUUCCGUGCGCUCUCUCAUCCUUACUCGCGCCCAGAGCUGCUGUGUAGCUUCCGGCAUCCAGGACUGUACCAGUCACCUGCAGGCCUCAAUAGCUCAGCGGCAGCAUCAGCAGCGGCAGCAGCAGCAGCGGCGGCCGCGGCAGUCAGCGCGCCCUCGGCCACCGGGCCCUGCUCAUGUCUCAGUUGCCACAGCAGUCAAGCGGCCAGUGCCCUGGGCUCAAGAAGCGCCAGCUCUGACUUCACCUGCACUGCGGCCGGCCAGAGGUCCGAGAGCGGAUUUCUACCAUACUCUGCUGCGGUGCUGAGCAAAACCUCAGUUCCAUCGCCAGAUCAGAGAGAAGAGAGCUCUCUUAAUAGAUAACUCGCCACUGGAGAAAAACAAACCCAAGGAGAACAAAACUCUGAACUAUUACUUCAUUUUUCUUUAUGUUGUACGUUUUACUUGUUUUGCCUAUUAUUUAUUUAAUUAUUUAUUUAUUAUCUCGUAACCACUCAAUUUGGGUCAGGGCGAAAUCUUGUAAAAUGGCGAUAGAGGUCGGCAGCGCACAAUUGACACAAAUACAACCAGGAAACAUAUGGUGUUAAUAAGUUUCAUUACUGAUUUUAAUUGUUUAGUCAUUUCUUCACUUGGUGGUCGUUUAGUUCUCAGUCUAUUGGCCUAUUGAAGGUUCAGGGAAAAUGUUUCUUUUCAUCCCUUAUAAUUUCAAUACACCAUUUCUUUGUAAGCUAUAGCCCAGUGAAAGUAUAGUACAUAUGCCAUUUAAGCAACAUCAAAAAUGUCACCUCAGAAUAAUGAUCUUGUUCUAAAUCUGGUGCAGCUCAUGGGACUGCCCUGAUCCACCAGGAUGGCGCAUACCAUUUGCACUUCUUCCACAGUGUCAAUUCUGCUGUUAAUAAUGUGAAGAUUAUGACGAAAAUUGCCAAUCAUAUACCUUGAUGGACCUCCUUUGAAUGUGAAAUUGUAUGAAAGUUCCCCGUCCUGAGACCCGCUGUCAAAUACUAACAACCCGCUGUGGGAAGUCAUUAGACGAGACAGAUAAAAGACCUUGAACAUAAAAACAUUGUUCUCGGCACAUAGAUUGUACAGUAUUAAAUGUGGUAUUCGUUUCCUGGGUAUAGGGGAAGGGACUCCUGCCGUGGAGUGCUAUUUCCAGUUUUCGUUUUUGAAACUCGGAUGUAGACUUUUGUCCUGCAACGUUCCGCUGAUGCGAGCAACCUCAUUAAAUCAAAACCGAUAUUUCCAUAAUACUCCCAACAGAGCCCCCUCACUCAGCAUUAAUGGGAUUAUCUGAACAAGACCAAACUUCAGAAAAAUUGCUCAUGCAUUUAGGUCUGCAUACAUGUAUCUUUGUCAGGACUUCUCUCUGUUUCCUCGGUCGCCGGUACUGUGGUAAUUAUAAACGAUAGGCUAUAUUGUGUUAGGCCUAUGAUCUCGUUGAGAAAGCAUAAACCAAUAUAUUGACCACAAUGCAACCCCCCCCCCCCAAAAAAAAAUAACACAUUACAUCCUACACCAUUUAUUUGUCUGAAUAUUUGUUAAGAUUUAAUAUUUAUUUACCUUAUUUUAUUUUUCUAUGAUCGGGGUUUAACGUCUAAUAACACCGUCUGAGUAACCUGCUAAUAAUAGAUAAGUCUAAAACACAGAACAAUAAUGGUACACUUCACAAAUUACAUGGUUAAUGCACAUUGUAUAUAAUCCAUAUUACGUUGUUACCACCACGUCUAUUAAAUGUUUAAAGAUUUUAUACGUCGGGGAAGAAGGAUUGGAAGGGCUGGUUGAAAUUAUCAAGACAACUGAAGAAAAAUGGCAUAGCCAACUUGUGUUUUUGCCCUUAGUCCCCGGGGUCGCCGUGAUAACAUGACUCUGUAAAUUACGUCUCUGUAUUUUAAAAAUUACCGAGUGUAUGAAUUUUCAUAUUUUCACUUGAAAAAAUGUGCAAUAUAAAAUGUAUAUUAUGUUAUUUAUUGAUGGUGUUUGUUCUUGGAAAAUAAAUAUUUAAAAACCAA